AUGGAAGGACCAGAAGGCCACAAAAUGUCUUGUGAAGGCAAUUUAGAAGCAAAUAAAAUGGGAGAACCAGACCCACAGAGUGUGGAAAACAAUGUUACCCACAAAAGGAGGCAAAAAGAGUCGGUUCAUCAUGCCCACUUUGUGGUGCCUCCGCAACAAGAUGUUUUGGAAGCCCAUGACUCAAUAAUCUUGGUAGAACCUCUAGGAGAGGACACCUUGAACGUUAGGCUUGGCUUCUUGCAAGUCAUGCAUGUCUAUGAUGUUCAGUUCAGCAUUGAAGACGAUCUUGGGGAGGAUGUAACAUUUGAUCCCUUAGAGAAUGUCCAUGCAAAAAUUGAAUCCAUUAGACCUUCAGUAGAUGGUAAAGGUCACGACAUAGUUCUGACAUUCAGAGCUUUGAAGGAGAAGAUCAUGCAGGAAGCCGUUACAAUAACCAGCAUUAGCAGUCCAUCAAGGUCACUGGUCUUGCAGCUACACGCCAGAGUUUUAGGUAAAGGAAAAGGAACUCCUCUACUUAAAAAAGGCAUUCACUGUGUGAGAAUAGAAUGGGAAGAAGAAGCAGACGGAACUGACUGGCAAGGAUAG